AUAAUCAAAGAACGCUUGCGUCGCGACGUUGGGCGUCUCUCUGUAUUCGCGCUUCCACUUCCACACAUCGCAUUCCCACCGCACGAACAAAGAGCCGCCUAUUAUUUAUAACGUUUGGAAUUCCAUUCGCAUUGUUUAUAGAAAUCGAACGUGCCGAGCAAAUUAUUUUUAAACAUUAGCAAAACCCGUUUCGGGGUCUAAUCCUCAAGUCACGACGUGCCUCAACGUGCAUCCAUCCUCGUCUAACGCAAGUGCUUUUUCCUUUGGCGCCACCUUCUGAGCUUGGUUCGGACCAACCUUCUCCAUCUCUUCAUCCAUCAACAUCAUCAUUAUUAUUAUUGUGAUGUGUUGUGUUCGUGUGUGACGUUUCUAAUUUUUUUCUUCUUCUCUGGUCUGUGCUUCAUUGAAAACACGAAAUUUUCGCGAUUGUCGGUAAUUCUUCAGCAGUGUAUGAACGUUGCGUGUGGGAGGAUUUUCCUUCGCUCUGCAGAUGUAACAUGUAAAGAAGUUUGGUGCAGAGGAAAGUUGAAGGGGUGUUGUUGUUGUGCAGAAGAUUCAGGAUGGAUUCGGAUCCGGAGGACGAGUUGGAUCCCCGGAUCCAAGUGGAGUUGGAAAACCUGAACAAGUCCACGGACGAGAUCAACAAGCUGGAAAUUGAGUUGGACGAGGCCAACACUACAUUCCGCAUGUUACUGAAUGAGGCGACGAGGAGGUUGAAGCUGUAUUCUAAAAAGUUGGGCAGCUGCAUAGAGAAAGCCAGACCUUACUAUGAAGCCCUGGAGGUUGCAAGGAAAGCGCAGACUGAGUGUCAGAAAGCUGCUGUAGUGUUCAGACGAGCCAAUGAGAUACAUGCAGCUGCGAAGGAGACUGUGGCACUUGCUGAGCAGAGGUUCAUGAGCAAUCAGCACGAGUGGCAAUUUGACAAUGCCUGGCAGGAGAUGCUCAAUCACGCCACAAUGAAGGUGAUGGAUGCUGAAAACGAAAAGGCCGAAAGCGGUAGAGAGCAUCAGAGAACAGCUACGCUCUUCAACGCAGCCGAGCAUAAGGUGCAGGAGCUAGAGGAUCGUCUUCGAAGGCACAUCAUCAAGUCAAGGCCGUACUUUGACGAGAAAGGUCUGUGUCAGGAGCAGCUGAAUACGCAGAAGGAUCGCAUAGAAUGGUUGAAAUCGGAAAUAAGCAAGUCGAAGACGUCGUACGCGCAGUCGCUGAAGAAUCUCGAGCAGAUCUCCAACGAGAUCCACAUGAAGCGGAACGGCUACAACGAUCUGCUGGCGAAGCCUCGUGAACCUGGCGUAGGAGCGGAGCUAGCGGACGAGGAUGGUGUAUCUGUUGCGUCAUCUUCAGCGACGAAGCACGGCCAGUUGCCGGACAUCGAGCGCGAGUUGGACAAGUGCGAACUGAGGAGCAUUGGUUCGUACAGCGGGACGACGAGCUCCGCGGUAAGCGAGAAGGACGACGCCGAGGAGAUCGAGGAGUAUUUGGACGAACUGAAGCUGAAGGUGAAGACGCUGGCAGUCAGACCAAUCGACGGCGGUGAGGGCGAGAGCUCCGAUCACGUGUGGGAGAGCGAGCUGAGGAGUACUGUCGAUAAGCUGGACCAUAUGAUGCUGUUGAAAGAGUGCGCCGACGACCUGAACCACUUCAAAAUGGUCAACAACAAUACGACUGAAUCCAAGUGAGAACGACUCGAUCGUCCAUCGAGAGAAUCAAAAAGUUCCACUGAAUCAAUUAGAUCUUGCCUUAAGAAUAUAUUCCGAGACGCGCAUUUCAACAUACCAUCCACACUACCACUAACUAAUUAACUGAUUGAGUGAAGAGAUGCGGGUCUGGUAACCGUUGUGAAUCGAUCGCUUUAAUCCAUUAUUUCCUGAGAGAGAGAGAGAUAAUAUUACGAGAUAGUAUUUUAUUUAGUGUAGUUUAAGGAGGGAGAAGCAAGCAAGCAAGCCGUACAAAUUCUAUCCGCAACGUAGGUCUCUAGUCUGAAAAAUCGUAUUGUGUUUUAUUUUGUAAUUGAUUAUUUUAUAUAUAUAUUUUUUUUCUUAUAAA